AUGGUGCCAAACCCAGUAGUCUCUCUCACGCGCAAGACCCCACUCCUAUACCGUUUGGUGGGGUUUUCAAGCAAACCCACUUCUCAUUUUAACCAAAUAACUCAGCUUUCAUUGAACCCUGUUCAGAUAACUGGAUUCAGGGCCUGUUCUUCUUCUACUUUGUUUUCAAAUUCUUUAACUUAUAGUCAUGGAACUAUUUUGAAGGACUUGGGUGGUUCUAAAACGGGAUAUAAGCAAUUGGGUUUUGAUCAAUUUCGUGUCUUGGCUGUUUCUGAUGGUGGCUCUGGUGGGAUUGGAGGCUCUUCUGGUGGUGGAGGAGGUGGUGCUGGUGCUAGUGGCGGUUCUGGUUCUGGUUCUGAUGGAAAUAGUAACUGGUCCUUCCUUUCAUGGUAUUUGAAUCUUCUAGCCAAAUACCCUGUGUUGACUAAAGCUGUUACUUCUGCAACAUUGACUCUUAUGGGGGAUUUGAUCUGCCAGGUGUCAGCAGUCUUUGAGAAACUAAUUUCCAGCCCACCAUUUUUAUGCACUGCAGAGCAUUCAAACUCAAGUUUACUGCCAUUGGUGUCCCCUUGA